AUGGGGCCAGGAACCUGCUGGAAUGUUCCAGGAUGGGGGCAGGAACCUGCUGGAAUGUUCCAGGAUGGGGGCAGGAACCUGCUGGAAUGUUCCAGGAUGGGGCUGGAUCCCGCUGGAAAAGCUAUUGGCAACAACAACAGUACUGGCAAUGACAACAAUAGUACUGGCAAUGACAACAGUACUGGCAAUGACAACAAUAGUACUGGCAAUGACAACAGUACUGGCAAUGACAACAAUAGUACUGGCAAUGACAACAGUACUGGCAAUGACAACAAUAGUACUGGCAAUGACAACAGUACUGGCAAUGACAACAGUACUGGCAAUGACAACAAUAGUACUGGCAAUGACAACAGUACUGGCAAUGACAACAGUACUGGCAAUGACAACAGUACUGGCAAUGACAACAAUAGUACUGGCAAUGACAACAGUACUGGCAAUGACAACAGUACUGGCAAUGACAACAGUACUAGCAAUGACAACAGUAGUACUGGCAAUGACAACAGUACUAGCAAUGACAACAAUAGUACUGGCAAUGACAACAGUACUGGCAAUGACAACAGUACUGGCAAUGACAACAGUACUGGCAAUGACAACAGUACUGGCAAUGACAACAAUAGUACUGGCAAUGACAACAGUACUGGCAAUGACAACAGUACUGGCAAUGACAACAGUACUGGCAAUGACAACAGUACUGGCAAUGACAACAGUACUGGCAAUGACAACAGUACUGGCAAUGACAACAAUAGUACUGGCAAUGACAACAGUACUGGCAAUGACAACAGUACUGGCAAUGACAACAGUACUGGCAAUGACAACAAUAGUACUGGCAAUGACAACAGUACUGGCAAUGACAACAGUACUGGCAAUGACAACAAUAGUACUGGCAAUGACAACAAUGACAAUCAAUGA